AUGCACCUACCUUGCCUUCAGGACAGUAUCUCAACCAAUAUGUCGUUUCGAGUACUGUUUAAUACUUCCGUCCUGUCUAAGCCACAUCGUAUGAUCUAGUAGCUGCCUUGGCGGGAAGAAGAGCCGCGGGGCGGGAUCGUAAUAUCUUCAUCCACCUCCAGUUGCCUUUCGGUUCCAUAUGUCCCUUCAAAAAUCAUCUCAUCCACUGAUAUUUAUCGUUCUCUUCUGGAUACACGUUCCAUUUGGAUAACAAGGACAUCUUAGACACGUCUUUGGCUCUAGGAGAUUGACAAGAUGGGCCAAUCUGUGACAAGACUGCCAGAUCUCCCAAUUCGAGAAUCUAAAGCCCCACGUUCUCAGAGGGCUGCAAACAGCGCCCCAAGACAGAGGCGUCCGAAUUCCAAUAUUGAUGCUACUCGGGUCCCAUUAAAAUCCAUACUCCGCAGCUCCUCUCCCCAGAGCCGUAACCGAAGGCGUUCGCUUUCCAAUAUUGAUGCUACUCGGAACCCAUUGAAAUCCACAGUCCGCAGCUCCUCUCCCCAGAGCCGUGCCCAGAGACGAUCGAGAGCCUUGUCGGAGAUUGAUAGUAAUUAUCGUCAAGCUGCAGCCUCGGCAUGGACGAGACACUACCACGGACAUCACCACCACGGAAACCACCACGACCGGGAGUGGAAGGCGAGGUCUGCAAGAGAUCCCGGGAGGCCUUCCCACCGCUACCGAGAUCGUAGUCCCGAGAUCUACCGAGAGGAUAGAGUCGAUAGAUCUACUACCGACCGGAAGGCGAAGCAAAGAGCCUCAUAUCUUAACCCGGAAUCCCCCUCAGCACAUACAGCCUCUACGAAGAAAUCAAGACCGAAAUCUGGGAUCACUGUGUCCGAAGGAAUUGAACUGGAGGACUUGGGGCCAAAGAACGAUUGCAUGGUCUGCGCGGAGAGUCUACCCUUGCGUCGAUUCCCCAAGCGUCCCCCUACAGCUCAGUGCACGCAUGAGAUCAACACCUGCAAGCGCUGCCUGAGGAAUUGGAUUCGCUCCGAGUUUCAAAGCAAAGUCUGGGACCAGAUCAAUUGCCCUGAAUGUAGGAUACGUAUGGAUUAUGAGGAUAUACGACAAUUUGCUCCUUCGGAGGUGUUUCGUCGGUACGAUCGACUCAGUACAAAGGCUGCUCUCGAAGCUAUUCCAGGGUUCCGAUGGUGUCCAGGGAAGGGUUGCAGAUCUGGUCAGGUCCACGACGAAAACAAUUUGACACCGAAGUUCAAAUGCGUAGACUGUAGAGUCGAAUAUUGUGUUGUCCACAACCGUCGUUGGCAUAAAGGUGAAACUUGCGCGGAGUACGAUUAUAGGACAGAUGGCAGGAUAAAGAAAGCGGAAGAGGAAGCGAGCAGGAAGUGGAUUAAGACGACGGCAAAGAAAUGCCCGAGCUGCAAGUACAACAUCGAGAAAUUAUAUGGUUGCGAUCAUAUGACUUGCACAAAGUGUAGACAUGAAUUUUGUUGGGUUUGCCUUGCCCCGUACGACCCCAUAAGAAACCAAGGAAACAGACACCAUCGUCCGAAUUGUUCGCACUAUGGAUGAACAAGACUCGUACUAGGAUAAAGGAGGACAGCACCAUCUAGAGUGACUUUAAAAGAAAUGUUGAGUCUUGGGACAGACUAGCGCAUGCAUCGGAACGCAAAAGAAGUUGUUUCUAGUCCCAUACCUGUUACCCGAAUCAAGGUGGAGGAUAGCUAUCGUAUCUUUUCAAAGGCUUGAAUCUGGAGAGUAGGGCAAUGGACUGAAGGGGAUCUUUCUAGAACAAUAUUGCGGGAGGAACUUACUCUUGCAUGUCUUGUGUGAAUGAAGAGAAAUGGCAGGUUCCAUUUUCUAGCUAGGUAGAAAGGGGUUUUCG